CUGCUUGAGUUGUCAAAUUCAGUUCAGUAUCAGACAUUCAUCGGUUCGUUCGUUCGUUCAUUCGUCGGGAAGAAAAUCGAGAUCGAGCAGGAGGAAAAAAAAAGGCCAAUCUUUUUUCCACCGCAGUCUUGCAAACGUCGUCGACGUCUCGUCCGGGAGUUUUGAGUUGAGCGGAGUCGUGUUGUGUUCCGGAUCACACCGUGGGUUUGAACCGAACGGUGCAGCUUGUGAAUUAAUUUCCUCAUAUUUUAAUACAAAAUAAUCAGCGGAGAAAUAAAAAUCGAGGAGAGCGAGAGUAUCCGAGAGUGCGAUUGAAGAGUGUUUGGAGUUUCACGUCGAGGAAGCAACUCUUCAGCAGUGUGCAGCAGAAGUUAGUGAUCGUUCCGAUGGCAAAACAUUCCGUCGAGAAUUGAUUCAACUCCAGAAACUGGUGUGCAACAGUGAGUGACAACAACAGCAACAACACCAAGGUGAGAAAGAGCAGUGAGUUCCCUGUUUCAUCUCUCGCUUGUACACUCUCCAUGAGUUCCGCCGUGUGGGUGGUGGUGCACUCAUAUCACUAAUUGCCGUGAGUGGAUGGUGGUGAAGAGUUCCGGGUCGGCGCAAGAAGAAGAAAGUCUCUCAUCGUUUGCGAUUGAGUGCGCCCUAUGAGUGUGUGAGUGCUGCUAGUGAGUGGAUAGCCGGUGCGACGAAACUCUCGUCGAGUUCUCACCAUCGUAAUCAUCAGUUUUGAGUGUUUUUGUGCAUAUGUUGGUGGAAUAAUCCGGCCGGAAUACCAUCGAACUCUAAAUGGAAGAGUGCUGCCUGAGAACAGGAGUUCAGUUAGGAUACUAAUUAAAAUAUCCUCGACGCUCGGCCGACGAGGUCGACGCAGACUAGCUUCCACCCAGUAGCCGCCGAUCUGCCAUGCCGGGUAGCCGUUCCAGCAAUAACGACACCGAGCACAACAAGUCCCCUAGAGAGAGCGGCGAGGAUUCGGAGGAUGAAAGUGAAAUUCUAGAGGAAAGUCCGUGCGGAAGAUGGCUGAAGCGGAAAGAAGAGGUCGAACAGCGCGAUGUCCCUGGCAUCGACUGUGCACAUCUGGCGAUGGACACCGAGGAAGGUGUCGAGGUUGUCUGGAACGAAGUACAGUUUUCCGAGAGGAAGAACUUCAAAUCUCAAGAAGAAAAAAUACAACUAGUAUUCGAAAACCUUACACAGUUAGAGCAUCCAAAUAUAGUCAAAUUUCAUCGUUAUUGGACGGAUACGCAUAACGAUAAGCCUAGGGUAAUAUUUAUAACGGAAUAUAUGUCCUCUGGCUCCCUGAAGCAGUUUCUUAAGCGUACCAAGAAAAACGUUAAGAAGCUACCACUGCAAGCAUGGAAGCGGUGGUGUACUCAAAUUUUAUCAGCACUUAGUUAUUUGCAUUCCUGUUCGCCGCCAGUAAUUCACGGCAACUUAACCUGUGAUACAAUAUUUAUUCAACAUAAUGGUCUAGUUAAAAUUGGUAGUGUAGCUCCAGAUGCCAUUCAUCAUCAUGUAAAAACAUGUAGGGAUAAUAUGAAAAAUAUGCAUUUUUUAGCACCAGAGUAUGGAACCGCCGCAUCGACGACCGCCAUCGACAUCUACUCGUUUGGCAUCUGUGCGCUGGAGAUGGCCGCGCUCGAGAUCCAGGGCAACGGCGAUUCGGGUACGCUAGUCACGGAGGAGCAAAUCAAACGCACUGUCGAGAGUCUUGAGGAUGCCCAGCAGAAGGACUUCAUCAUCAAGUGCCUCAGUCAUGACCCUGCCAAAAGGCCUACCGCCCGCGAGCUGCUGUUUCACCCGCUGCUGUUCGAGGUGCACCCGCUGAAGCUGCUCGCCGCGCACUGUCUGGUGAACACGUCGUCCAACUACGACGAGAUGCUGCAAAAGCUAAACAAACCGGACAUGGUGUACGCCGAGGUGCGGCAAACCGAGUUCCACCUGGGCGAUGUGACCGGCACGGAAAAGCUGGAAAAGUUCGUAGAGGAUGUAAAAUAUGGCAUUUAUCCACUGACUGCCUUUUCGGCACAAAAACCACCCGCUUCCCGACCACGAGCAAUAUCGCCCGAGACUGCAGAAUCGGUGAAAUCCGCCACGCCAGAGCCGUUAGAUAUUGAAACUAGGAGAGUUGUGAAUAUGAUAUGUAGUGUUAAGCCGCGAGAAGAAAAUUGUGAAUUAUUUAUGACAAUAUUAUUAAGGAUGGAGGAUAAGAUGAACCGACAGUUAACAUGUCCCAUCUCGCCGGACGAUUCAGCCGUCGCGCUUUCGCAUGAACUAGUACACUUAGGAUUUAUUCAUGAAACGGAUCGUGAAAAACUAGCCACAAUGAUAGAGGAAACGCUUAGGAACAAACAGCAGCAAUUGCUGGGCGCGGCGGCAAAGAUGCAAUCGGCGGCGGCCCAGGCCGGCGAGCGGCUCGUGGCCACCGACGGCGGCGGCAGCAGUGGAUCCGGUGGGUCAUCGGACACGGUGGCGGCUAACCAUCUCCACCAUCAUGUUCCUGUUAAUUCGGCCAGUCUGGAACGUGGCUGGAAGGUCGCGGAUGCCGCCGCGGACUCCCUAGUGACAAUGCCGGUCAUUAUGGAAACGUCCGGCGUCAGCGUCAACAGUCUGGACGCGAGUCUGCUCGCCAGUCUGGACGACGCCGAGGAGGCCCGUGAGCACCAGGACGAAGAGCUCGAAGCUCUGGAACGGGCCGCGGCCGUCGACGACGACGAAUGUCCCGAGCCAACGCGGGCCUUCAACAAUGUCGAGCACGACUGCGACGACGGUGAGUACCGAAGAAACAGCAGCACGUCAUCUGCGCUGCCCGGCCGGAGAUCGGCCCGACCCUCCCGAACUUCCAUUGACCCGGAAGGCGAGCUGUGCCGUAGUGAGACGAUCGAAUCGUACGAGGCUACCGAGUAA